AUGGAACCCGACCCCGUCUCGCCGCUGGCAAGAGAUGGGUGCCAUAGGGAACAGCAAGGCUCCAGCCGACCACCAACCUCAGAGCGAAGGGCUAGUGACCCAGGCCCGCGCAAGACCCGCGCCCGCGUACCGGCGGCUAACGAUCCUAAAAGGAGGUGCGCUGGCGUAGAAAAUGUUGAUUCUAGCCUUGGUGCAUUCAGCCGGCUCCCCGAGGAGGUCAUUGAAAGGAUUCUAUAUGCUGUAGACGCUAAUGUCUUUGCGUCUCUCACAUUAUUGAACAAAAAGUGGAGGAGGAUAUCCGCGUCUUCUACGCUCUAUUACCAUCACCUACUCGGGUGUCGUACGCUAGGCUCCGCCGGCCAUGACCCGGCGUCAGGCCUGUCAGCAACGGAUGAUCUCAAAAUACUCGAAGCCAGGUUUAUCCGCGAAGCGAGGAGGAAUACCUUUGAUGUGUUUUUGCGCCCGACGCAGAUGUUGAUAAAUCUGGUUUCAGCGUCAGCUAGUUCAUCCUCCGCAUUUCCACAAGGCGAAGCCUUCCGUUUUGAUUUUUCCUCGAACGGUCGCCAGUUACUCGCCCUGAGCUCUUCAAGGAUAUAUGUCAUUGAUCUCACCACGCAUCCAGUCUCAGUUCGUCAGGAGUUAAAAACCUUACGACGCCCUCUCGCAGCUGCUAUAGCCAACAAUGGGACGGUACUGGCUAUGGUAUCCUCGGAACACCAGGCGCAUAUAUACCUACUUAUGGAUGGUCAUGCCGAAUUGAUGCAAAGUAUAGAGCUGAGUGAAGUACCUCGCGCUCUAGCAUUUUCGCCAGAUGCAGUGGUUCUCGCCGUUGCUUAUGACGGUGGUCUUGAAAUGUAUGCGAUCGGGACGGAUGUGCUAUCGACAGCCCGUAGGGCCGUCAGAUGCUUUGGCGUCGAUUACUUAACCUUUUGCUGUCAGGGCUCAAUGCUACUCGGAACUGCCAACGAUUUGCACAGCUCGAAGCUUGUUACCAUUUCUCCCCCAUUGGGCACAGAUCCAAAUGCCGAGUUCACAAUGCAAGAACUAGAGAGUCGAAUGUGGACCACCCAAAUAUUGUUUCCGCAAGUCCACGAUGGCUAUAGCCACGCAGUAUUGAUUCCGACCGUACAUGGCGGGGACGGCUCGCCAUGGUUUUCGGGGUACCACCUUGAAUCUAAAGCCUUCCGUCUAGCGCCAAUUGAUAACCCAAAUACAGCGGCUAUAUAUUUUGUGGGUCCAGGACCUGAUACCGACAGGGACGAACCGAAGCCACACUUUUUGCCUGCCGCCAGCGGGAAUGGGGAACUUUUGGCUAUCGGGUUUCAAGAAUCAGAGCUAUGGGUUUACGGGAUUCCCAAUAUAGAAAACCAUGUUGCAACGGAUUCAUCAGCACAGCCAUCCACGAAUAGUCAAGAAAGAGAACCAGUCUGGAAAUCUGACUCCGCCACCACGAAUUUUAAUCGGCUCAAAAAAACCAUUGAGGGCCCUAAGACUUUUGUUCACGGGCAUCCUUUACCCCUCCCGGACGGAGUUUCCGCAAUCAAAUGGGUUUGUAGCUCGAGCUCAGGGGAUGUAUCUUCCCAAGCAUUCCGCAAGCUAGUUGCUGUAGCCCCUGGUGGGGUCAGUUCAUGGCUGGGUGCAGCAGCCGGAGACAUGUUGCCUAUAGAUGGCGGGAGAAUCAUAGUAUUUGAUUUUCAGCUUUCCGUGUCAAAUGGCCAAAAAACUGAGAUAACAAUCGAGCUCGGAGAGGUUGAGCCUAUCAAACUACCAGAACCAGGCUCAGAUUUGGAUCAACAAGUUGAGCUCGAGAGGAGAAGGACUCGUCUCAAUCGUCGACGAGGGCUCGGCGGUCUCCAGAUCCCGACAUCCGCUAGUACUGCACGCCGUCAUUUACAACCUUCUUUGAACGGCGAUGGAGGACUCGGGAAUUUGACCCUGUUAGAUAACCCUUACAAUAAUUCUUCCCCGCGAUCCCGUGAUACCCUCAAUAGAGCUGCUACGGCCGCUUCGAAUCGCCUUAACCCGCGAUACCAUAAUGCUCGACAGGUUCAAUCAGGCGUCAGGGCACCCAGAGCCACUGUGCCACACGAAAGCGAUGCGGACAAUUGGAUACCGCCGCCACCUCCCUAUACACCCAAUGCCGAGGCUCCACUACCAGAACACUUACAAAGAACCCUCCUUCCUACUAUAAGGGGUCAAUCAACGAGCAAUAAUGCAGAUCAGAGUCUGCGGCGAUCAAGGACUUCUCGUUUGGAGUCUAUGGCGCAAGCAGUAAUUCAACGAUCCUCAACACGAGUAAAUCGCGAACCGAAUGACCAAGCACCUGCCCUUUUAUAUCCCUCCAACACUUUUCCUAUUAACCGUCAGAACCUGCCCACCCUAAAUACAACUAAUUCCUCUUUGGGUUAUCCGCCACGUAGCCCCAGUGCGACAUCAUCUCCACAACACUCUCCAAACACGCACGUAGAUCCAAAUGACGGGCCUAGUCAUCCGACAACAGAGACAUCGCAACAGAACACUCAACAUCACUCUUCCAUGCACGCAUUUACUCCUCAGGCUCUCCCUUCGGCGACAAGCAGUCAGCCUCCCAUGCAACACGCCAACCGGAGCCCCAAUACUAAUCCCGCGAGAGCCCCGUCCCCUCAAACGGCGCCUGUUACAAGCAGGUCAUCGAAUACUCGAUCACUUCCGCUCGCGCCUACUGGGACAGAAACACGGGGCUGGUAUAACAUUCGGCCCCAGUCGAAUACGGUGGAUUUUAGCACCACGAGCAACAGACCAGCACCCCCGGUUAUCAGUGGCUUACGCGCGCAUACUCAAAACAAUACAAGUCUAAGCCCCAACUCUGCUUUACGCGGUAGAAACCAUGGUGUUCAGCGUUCACGGUCUCGUUCACAAGAUGCACCGAGGAUUGCGCCUUUAUCCAACACAGGGUAUCGCGAUAGGCGAACGGGACGGAGUAUCCUUGGUUUACAGUCAGACUUUCGACUUAACCAACGCACACGAUCGGAUGAUUGGCCGAAUCUAACAAGUACUCGAAGUGGAAGAAAGGAAAGCAAAUGUGUUAUGAUGUGA